AUGUCAGCUACAGCGCAAGGGUGGCUCAGUGGAUCGGCACCUGGCUCACCGCUGAUUAUGGCGAUACCGUCAAUUAUCCUUGAGAGCUCCAUCGUAUUGCUUCUCAUCAGCGCAUGUCAUUCCACGUUGCUCGCAAAGUACAGCCCACGCCAGCUCUCUCAGCUUCCUCCCCCUCCAUCUUCACCGACACCUCCGAUUGCGCAACCGACCCCCUCCUCCUUGACCUCCACAUCCCCGUCCUCGUCGUCCACCUUCACACCCCCAUUCAUCCCCACAUGCUGCCCGUCCGCUGUGUGCGACGACGAUCCGGUUCUCCAUCUGCAGCUUGACCUUGUCGUGCUCGCCGGCUCCGUGGCACGGGUGGUCAGGGAAAGGUCACGCUCCAUUCACGUUUACGUGCUAAAGUUUCUAGUAUGUACUCCGCUCGCUUCCGCUCCGUUCGUACCUCAUCCUGCCAAGGUGUCAGUGCAAGCCUCCGGACCCUGCGUGCCCGUGGAGCUCGGCGCUCGGCCGUGGUUACUGAUUGCUGCUCUCAGGCUCCGCGGACUAACAGACCCUAACGCAAGCCCUAACCAAUGCGGGCCACAGGCACAGGGCUCGGCUCGGAAGCGGGCGAGCCAGAGCAAACAAGUCCCCAGCAACUCAAAGCCCACUCCCCCGCGCAAACUUACCGAGCCUCACGCAUUCGAGCCACGUCUCUUUGUCUACCUCUCUACGCGCUUUGCUCAGCAUCCAGCACCCCUCACUUACCCUCGCUCUCGCGCCAUGAUCAAUCUCACCAAGACAAAGUCAGCUCGACUACCCGCCAAUCGCGCGGGCAGCAUCGCAGCCGCUUCGGUCAUCGCCUUCUUCCUCUUUAUCGCACUAGCGAGCCAGCUACUAUCCCCCUCCACAGCCACCAAGCACUACUUCUCCUCCAGUACGCUCUUCCGCAAAGCACCACCGUCCGCGUGGUUCGGCGAGGGCGGGUAUCUGCGGCGGAAUACGACGGAUGGGUAUGCCACGACGUACGAGCUGCGGGAUGUAGGGAAGAAGGAGUAUACAUGCGAUGAGUAUGAGAUCUCUGAGCUCGGGGUCGGGAAGUGCACGAGCACGCCCCGGCUCGUGAAGGCGCUGCGGGACAACUCGAUUGCUCAGGUGGCGGCGGCGACGGGUGCCCAGCUACAGGUGGAGGGUGGCAAUACAGCUGGGAUUGUCGAGGGCGUGGACGAGGAGAUUGAGCCAGUGGAGGCGGAGUUGAGGCGGACGGCCGAGAUCCUGCGUGGGGUCAAGGGGAAGCGGGUGCUAUAUCUCGGCGACAGUAUCGAUCGAUACCCUCUGGAAGAACUCCCCCUCGCUGCCCCCUCAUCCUCCCUCCUCGUCCUCGAUCCCGCCAACGGUCACAUUCUCCGGCGAGACGACCCGCCCGCCGGACCCACUCGCGGCUGGACAACCACCUUCUUCAACAUCCGUCUUGCCAACUCCAUCUCAUCCUCCCAUGCCAACGAUACCACGUACCACCCUUCCCGCCGCAUGCACCCGGACGACUUUCGUAUCGACUUUCUCUUCACCUUCGGACUUUACCACUUCCCCAACCUCGACGAUCUCACGGAGCGCAUCGACCUUAUGGACCCCAUCGUCGGCUCGGAGGCGCCGGCGGAGUAUGACCUCAUCUGCGUCAAUUCCGGGUUGUGGGAUAUGGAGGCUAUGGUCUACCCAGCUACCCCUGAUCGCGGCAUCACCUCGGAAUGGGUCGAUCGGUUCGUCGAUCGGUAUAUCGCCCUCAUUGGCUUCUUGCGGACCAAGUACGGCGCCCACAUCCCCAUCGCUAUACGCCUCACACAUGACACACACCACAAUUACGACGCCCAGCACUUCAAGCCACUGCGGUCCGAGCAUAUCCGCCAGGCGCAGCGCGAGGUAGCGAGGCGCACAGGCGUACGCCUCUUGCCGUUCGGCCAGCUCAUGGCUAGUCAGCCGGGCUUUUUCCACUGGGACGGUAUCCAUCCGACACCGGAGGCGAACCUGGUGCACAUGGAGACGGUGCUGCGGAUGGUGCAGGAGAGCUAG